CGAUUUCAGAGGGAAGGUCAAGUAUUGCGCUAGGUCUUUCGGGUUGUCCGGACGCUAGCAGAUGACGCUGAAUGCAGAAAGCAGCUUACCACAUAAUACAGGUGUUAAAACUUUAUAUGAAUCAGACCUAGAAGAUGAGAACUACUCAUCUGUGGAGAGUUACGGCAUUAGAGAACGCAGGCGUAAGCUGCACACUGAAGCGGAGCAGCGUCGUCGAAAUGCUAUCAAGAGGGGUUUUGAAGGGUUGUUAGAACUCGUCCAUCCAAUGAAAAAUGAAUCUCCUUCUCCGUCCGUUAGGAUGAGUAAAUCAAGCAUAUUACAUAAAGGUAGUGAAAAGUAGUGUAUUCGUUCAACCAUUACAGCUAUCUAUAUGAUUGAAAGGCUUGGAAGGCAAAAGCACCAGAAAUUGUCGGAAGUCGAAAGCCUAGAAAAGGAGGUUAAAGCUCUUCGAAUACUAUGCUUGUAAGUCUUCAACGAAGUUGUUUCUUAAAUUCAGGAAUUAUGAGAAAAUAGUUCAAAACAGUCCGAAUUACGAAUGUAGAUCCGUCGAGCCGAUCCCAGACGAUACAAAACUAGAAGUGUUCCGAGUGUUUUUCGACACCAUGUUCCGUUCAUUUGACAAUUAUAUUGUAUUCAAUUCUUUUACUGACCUCUCAGCAUCAGUGAUAAAAUGGAUUGAAGAGAGCUGUAAACCUGAAAAAAUGGCAUUUCUUAUGGAUUCUGUUCUAACUAAUAUUUUUAACCAGAAUACUGAAAUGCCUUCCGUUAGCAGUCGAAAAUUACACUGUGAUACUUUACCAAUUUAUACAGACUGUAGUACUAAUGAUAAUCAAAAUCGUUCUGAAUCUAUCGGAUCCAUACAUCCUUCAGCAGAGUCAUUACUUCAAAUCAAUCCUUUAAUAGGUCAAUCUUCAGUUUACACUUAUUCAUCUAAUAAUCUACCAACACUUACAAUUGCACCUACUACUAAUAUCAAUAAUUCCUCACUUAGUACUGAAAAGCGUACUCAACUUAAUCCAAAAUUUCCUAUAAUUUCUCAAGGUAAUUCCCAUUCGAAUAAAUUAAAUAUUGUCCGAUAUCCACCGCCACCUCCACUAGUACCACAACCUGUUACUACUCAUCCACAAAUCAAUCUUAUCGAUGGGAACUUUCAACAAUGUGGACAGCCAUCAAAAGACAUACGUGAAGGUGAUAAUGCAUUUUAUAAUUUUAAUUCAAUGAUUCCUAAGAAUGUUAAUUCUACAUUAGUAGUUAUUGAUCAGUCAUCUUUACUCACUGAUGAUCAAGUUAAACAUGACAUUACAUCAACAUCAUCGUCAUCAUCAUCUUCAUCACCUCAUACAAUAAACUCUUGUAACUUAAUCAUGAAUGAGAUGAAUUUAUCUAGAGAGCUGUCGUCAUUGCAUAAUACUAGUCACGUCCAACAGUAUAAAGAGUUUAUUGACGAUUUAUUAUGAUUAAUUUUUAAAAAAAAUACAAUCAUCAUAUUCUAUUUUUUCUAUUAAUUUCUAAUCGACUCAAGAGUUCUUUCAUUAUCUUUAUUCUCCUUCAAAUGAAUCCGCACUUGAUCAAAAACACACAAACACGCACACUAUCUUUUUCAAGAUUUAUACAUAUUUAGUUAUUGUGUAUUAAAUCUAUUUCUUUAUUUAUCUUGCUCAAUCUAUCCUCCACAUGUCAUUCUGUGAUAUUCACAGUGUAAACUCAAGUUUAAUUUAAGCUAAUUGUGGAAAUUCAAUCAAAAUUAAUGACUCAUUUAUUUAUUUAUUUGUUUAUUUAUUUAUUCACAUGCUUGGCUAUCGUAAUUCCUCUUCUAUCUCUAUUUUGUAAUCACAUGUAUUAUUAUUAUUAUUAUUAUUAU